AUGGCUACAUUAAAUUUACACCUGCGAUCUCAGCUUGCUCUCGGGAAUAUACCAAACGGAUUGAGAAGACGCAAUCUUCCAACUGCCCAGAAUAUGUUAACGAUGAGAUACGAUAUGGCUCUGGAAACAGAAGCACAAACUUAUGCCAGCAUGUGCCCAAUGAAUAGAUCUGAUGUCGCGACUCGUCCAGCUUCCGGCGAAAAUUUUGCAUCUAUUUCGUCAUCCACUUCACCUCUUGACGCUGCUGUUCGGGUAUACCUAACGUGA